GAAACUCACUCAGUCUCAUAAGAGCGGAUCAUCUUAAAAGAUCACUAAAAAUUCAAGCUCAAGAAGGACUAACUGCAGAUUAACAUGGGCCAGAUCUGUUGUUCUGGUGAGAACUCAAAAAAGACCUCAAAUAAGAAAGUUGUAAAUUCUCUGAAAGAUGGACUGAGCUCCAUCAACAGAGUCUAUGAGGCUCUUAUUGAUGGAGAUGUAGAUCCUCUUAACUAUGAAUGCACCAGAGAGCAGAUUGUUCGGGCGGAGCAGAGUCUGGACCAGUCAGAAAAAGCAGCAAGUAAAGGGCUGAAGGGUUUGGAUAAAGAUAUUGAGACCCUCACACUCGAUGAGGGAAGACUUGAGCAAAUGUUGAAAGAAACAAAAGACACUUUAGAGAACCUGAGAACAAAGCAAGAGUCAAAUGAAGCCUUACUGAGGCAGUCUGAAGAAUCUCUGGAGGAGGUAACAAGACAUCUUAACUCAGCAAAGGACAAAGUUCAGGCACUAGAAGAAAGGAAACGGAAUGCUGAGAUUGUGUGGGGUGUGGGAGCAGGACUGCUUGCUAUACCAGUUGUUGGAUGGAUUGCUGGUCCUAUCAUGAUGGUUCACGGAGCAGCAGAACAUAAUCAAGCUUUAGAAGCUCUAAAAGUGGCUGAAGAGGAGAUGAGUAACUGUGCAGAUCAAGUGGAGAAGUACAGAAGUAAAGUCUCUAAAUACAACUCCAAGAUUUCCCAGACCGAGCGCGAAAUCAAAAAGAAACAUGAUAAGAUAAAGCAGAUCCAUAAAAAGAUCCCAGAGUUGAAGAGGGAGAGAGCUGUUGUAGCUGAGUUACAGAGCAAUCUGAGAAAAGCUGUUCACAUCCUGAGCACUCUGAGUGGGAAAGCUAACGUUGUCGAGUGUCAGACUCGCAGCUUUGUCCUCCUGGAGCCAGUAAUGAAGGUAAUGGAAGAUGUGAUUAAGUCAGCAGGAGAUAUUGCGGAGAGUCAGUUCCUCUCUGAUAAAGGAAUACUAAGGCUUCUUGAUACGAUGAGGGAGAAACAUAAUGUGGCAGUUCGUAUGAUAAGGGAGAAACAAAGCCUGGAGGCCAGUAGUGACGCCUGUGAAAUGUAUACUUGAUUUUGAUUCAUUCUGGAAUGAUAACUCAAAUAAGACUGUAGAUAAAAAACAUUAAAUGUCUGUACAUAUAAAUGACAUGUACCAUUGCUAACAAUAUUACUAAUAAUAAUAAUAACUAACAAAACAAUAAUUACAAAUAAUAAUAUUGUAUUCCAUAUCAGUGAUAAGUGUAAUGUUAUUGGUAGUGAUGGGAGCGAUCUGGGAAGCCCCCACCCAUGGAUUCUGGACGUGUAUAUCCUUUAAUCUACACUUAUAUCCUUGUAUUUGAUGAUUAUGACCAUUCAAUAAAUAUAAUCAUUUAACUGUAAUCAUUAGCAAAACAUUGUGCAGACACACCACAGUUUUUAUAUUUAAAAUCUCUUAUUCCACUUGGAUCUUUGUGUUGUUAGAAUAUCAUGUUCAUUAAGAAGAGGCAAGGUUGUUUCAUGUUGUGAGAGGAUGCAAGGACAAGAUGUUGACAACUGCAAAGGGAGAUAGACCCUCUACUUAGAUAGCCUACGCACGCCUGUUCUACGCGGCGCAAAGUCGCAGACAGGCCAGAAGACACUGAAGACCCCAGGAAUGGACAACAACAUGCUGUUUGGACUUUGUGACGUAUAUCUUGUUGAUGCAACAUAUGUAAUUCAUUGUCAUGUGUAAUCAGUAGUGUAAUGUUGAUACAUUUGAAGAACUAAUCCUAGAGACAAUUAUGUCAAUAUUGUUCCUGUAAUACUUUUGUCUUAUUUUCUUACUUUUUGUCUGAUUCAUCUACUGGUGUGUCUGUAAUAAUACAAUGAUUUUCUUCAGUAAAUUUUAUUCUAAAUGGGA